AUGGAGAGAGAAGUGAAGUCAACAACUAUGGACAAAAAUCAAAAAGCUUCAAUAUCUGAUAUGGCCAAGAACCAGAAAAGGCCACCAAAAUACCCUUACAACCCUAAACAGACUCAUGUGGAUGUUGAAAAUGGCACAGUGGACGAUUUGAAACCAAGUUGUAUUUUGAUUUCAAGGACACCUUUCAGAAAUUGGCCAAGUGAACGAGCCAUUAUUAGUCUUGUUCGUGUUAGUGAUACAUCUGCAAAAUCACUGAAAGAAGCAGUACUUUCUUUGCUAAUGAAACACUCAAUAAAUCCAUCCAAAAUACGUGGACAAAGCUAUGAUGGGGCUAGUAAUAUGCAGGGAAAGAUGAAUGGUCUUAAAUCUUUAAUUUUGCAAGAAAAUCCAUCAACAUAUUCCGUUCAUUGUUCUGCAUAUCAAUUACAGUUGACGUUUGUAGUUGUUGCUAAAAAACACAAGGAGGUAGAGACUUUCUUUGCUAUUAUUACUAACGUGUUGAAUGUAAUUGGAUUUUCUUUUAAGCGUAGAGAUCAACUUCGGGAUCAUCAAACAAAAUUGUUGGAGCAAUUGUUAGAGAGUGGUGAAAUUCAAAGUGGAAAAGGAUUAAAUCAAGAGCGAGGGCUUCAAAGGCCAGGUGACACUCGUUGGGGAUCACAUUGUAAAACAUUGGAUAACUUUGUUAUUUUAUUUUCUUCUAUUGUUCACGUGCUUGGGGUGAUUGAAUGUGAAGGUGAUGUUAAUGAUAGGUUGCAAGCAGGAGCUUUUUCGAGUAAAAUUAAAGCAUUUGAAUUUGUUUUCUUGCUUCACUUAAUGUUGAAAGUGUUGCUAAUGUCAAACGAGUUGAGCAAAACUUUACAGAAGAAAGAUCAAGAUAUUGUCAAUGCCAUGUUAUUUCUUGAUAUCACAAAGGAAAGGUUGCAAGAAUAA